CUUGUAACCCACAUUGUAACCGCUGGGAGGCAGCAGCAGUGUGGGAGAAUCAUCAAACUGUAACGUUAGAAGAAGAAAGUGUUUUGACUGGCGAAACACAACCUCGUUUGGUCGUGGCGCCAGCUCUAAGAUUGGUCAGCAUCAGAGUGGCAGACAAACACAACGUGGAAUCUACAACCGGAGGGAUCUGAUUGGUCAGUGGUGAUCCCCUGAAGUUAUUCUGCUCCGGAGCAGGUUCUUGAUUUAUCCGAGCUGCUGAGUCUCAGUGUUAGGAUGUGUGAUCAGAAAAAUGGCGAUGAUGAUGUGUAUGAACUGUCAGCGAGUGAUGAAUCUGAGCCUGAAGAGCAACCCAGCAGUGCUCCCUUUGACCCCGAGCUGGACGACGACGACGAUGAUGACGACGAUGAUGACAGGGAGGUUGAGAUCUCCGCUCCGGCUGCUGGACACAGAGCUCAGAGUUUAUUCAGUCUGAGGGGAGGGAACUCAGCUUUCUCAAACCGCAGCCAAAGCAUCUUUGACUGCCUGGACAGUGUUGCUCGACUGGCCUCCUCCUCUCUGAAGCGGGACGAUGUCGCAGACGGAGUGUUUGCUCGGCCUCUGCCUCCGCGUCCCAGCAGAAAGACGAGCCAGCCUCCGUCCAGCUGCCCCACACCAGCAAAGAGAGGAGCCCCGGACUACCUGGUGCACCCUGAGCGCUGGACCCACUACAGCCUGGAGGAUGUGGCCGAAACCAGCGAUCAGGGUAACAGCAGGGCGGCUCAUAACUUCCUGUCCAGUCUGCAGCAGAGGAAAGAGCAGCAGGAGAGCCCGAGUGAUUCCUCCUGUAACAUCCAGCAGAAGAUGAUCUUCUCCAGACCCAGCAAGCUGCCGAAGGAACAACCGGCUGAGGAGCUGUCAGCUGUUCGAGGCAAAGAGAUGGAGACACGCCUCAGUCACCUGGAGGAGGAGGAGGAGGAGGGCAGGGAGAAAGAGAAGACUGGAGGAAAGAAAGACCAGAGUGUAGAGAAGGCUGAGGAAAGGGCGAGAGACAUGAGUGGUGAUGUGGUGCAGAAAGAAAAAGGUGAGGAGGAGGAGGAGAAGAUAGAAGGAGCUAACCCCAGCUUUACCUCCUUCAGGAAGCCCAAGCGGAAGAACUACAGGAAGAGCUCAGGGCAAGAGGACAACUGAGCCCGAUGCUUUCUGUCACCGCAAAAUAAUACCAACAGCAGAGUUCAUCAAAAAAAAAAUAAAUAAAAUAAAAUACUGACUUUACUGUUCUCAGCCUAGUUUCACAGCUGAGUCGCCAAACCUCGAGCUCUUAAAGAGGAGCAUAACAGCACACAGGGAAGUAGUGUUUUACUGCCCUCUGUGGUUAACAUUUUCAAGCCUGUUUGACCUCUGACCACACCCAGCUUUCCUGCUGUGCUCUGUUGAACUUGUAACCGCGCCCAAUAGUGAUGUCACAAUGUCCUAGGGUACACUUGUAUGUCACGGCAGCAAGGGGAGAAGUUAGACCACUCGGGGGGGGGGGGGAUUAUCCAAUCAGAGCUCAGCAACAGUAACUAGCCACAGGAGGAUUUGUCCACGGGAUGAAUUGGAGUGCACAAGGCUGUAGUCAGAGAGAUCCUUUAGUCUUUCUACAACCACAGAGCUAAAGUGUAACUAAUGGAUUAAACUGUUUUUCUGUUCUGAUGUUAGCAUGCUACAUUGUGACGUAAGUUUUGCAUCCAAGGCCGAGCAGUAUUUCAUUAGCUGACUCGCAUUUUGUGGAGUUAAAGGUUAUGUUGAAAAAAUACACUUUUACAUGGUUCACUGGAUCAAUUUUAAAAAGUCAGCCAGAGACAGUGUUUUCAUCGUGGAGCUAAUGUUAGCUUAAUUAGCUAACUACAGUGGCUCAAUAGUCAGCUAGAAAAAGAGACACUGCCUGUUCUGAAAUCAGACCCAUUGUUUAGACUAGUUUGUUUAGCUUAUCCAUUUUGAUGAUAAAUCUGUGGCCGUUAAUGUAAUUUUAUAUUAUAUGUGCUGAAAAUGAAAGAUUGACAGGUUAGCAACAGUCAUUUAUGGGGUGACAGACAGUUAAACCCAAAUUAGCCUAAUUGCCAUCAUGUACACUCAAGUCUGAGGAAGAACGUUGUGGGAACAGAGCUUUGGUGUUAUUAAUUAAGAUUUUUUAAACGUGAAAACUCCCUCAUUUUAAUUUUGAAUAAAAGACUCAGAGGGCAGCUGUGGAGGGAAAUUAAAGUCAGUGUAGGAAUUUAAAACUUUUUUAUUUAUCCUAAUUUUUCAAUUCUUGUUGCAUGUUCUGUAUUUUGGUAUUGUCUCAUUCUUUAAUAAAAAUAUUGAUUUGUA